AUGAGUGCAUCAAAUGCUGAAGACUUUCCCUCACAGAUGAAGCAACCGAUCCGUGAUUUGCACCAAUCGUUAGCUGAUCUCAAACAAUGUUUGCACACAUUUAACGCCAAUUACAAGAACAUGAAGAGCGCGUCAACUGAUCCGCUGUCGAAGGCCAGAGUCGAGUUGACCACCGCUUACGCCAUGAACUCAUUGUUUUGGAUCUAUUUGACCACAAAAGGAGUCAACCCUCACGAGCACCCAAUCAAGGAUGAGAUCACUCGACUCAAGAGUUACGCCCAACGCAUCCAAGACAUCGAAGACAAGCAGAAGGCGGCAAAAGUGGACACAAAUGCGGCCAAAAGGUUCAUUCGGUCCGCUCUUUGGGAACCCAAAGAUCAGUCGAAGAGUGAAUCCAAUCGUAAUAAACGAAAACUGAGUGACGAGUCUUGGAAUGAAGACAAGACAACCAUUGAGUCCACAUCUGAUCCAAUCAAACACAAGAGGCAUAAAAAGUGA